AUGUUUCGUAUGAACGCUUCAUUGAUUGCUAAGAGAGCCAGUGCUGCUGUCACUUGUCGCGCUGCUGGAUCCGCUGCUGUUCGCAGACCCGCCUUUGUCAACAUGCUGGCCAUGUCUAGAUCCUACUCUGCCAGUGCCAGUGGAUUGAACCAAAAGGACGUUGAGGACAGAAUCAUCAAGGUCUUCCGUGCUUUCGACAAGAUCGAGGACGCUUCUAAGAUCACUCCUACUGCCAACUUCUCUACCGAGCUCGGUUUAGACAGUCUCGACACCGUCGAGGUCAUUGUUGCUGUUGAGGAGGAAUUCGGCAUUGAGAUCCCUGAGUAA